AUGCGCAAUAGUAUAAUAACUCAACUUGAAUUCAAAGAUGGAAUAUACCAAGGAUAAACAUUACAAUCUAGAUAUAAACAAGGAAUUGGAGUUUAUUUAUGGGAGAAUGGAUCUGCCUAUUUUGGUGAAUGGAAAUCAGAUUAAAUAGAUGGCAAUGGAAUACUUUUUUUACCUCCCAAAACAACUAUAUAAGGAUAAUUUAAUUCAGCAAAAUUACAUGGAAAUUGUCUCAUAUAAACAAGACAAGCAAAGUAUUAUGGUAAAUGGCUCAACGGUUUACCUAAUGGAAGCAUGACUGCCUAUUUCAAAUAAGGAGAAGUUACAAUAGCAUUUUAAGAUGGAAAACCAACAAGAGGUCUUAGUUAAAGAGAUUAAACAUGUGAAAUUCCAAAUUUAAAGAGUGUUUAAUGUUACAAUAGUUCUGCUUUAUAAACAAUUGAUUGGUUAGAUGGAACAUUUUAUGGUAUAACAGGAAAGAAUGCUGCAAAUAAAGUAGCACCUAAUGGAUUAGGUAUAUUUGUUCCUUAAAAUGGAUUAUUUCAAUGUGGAUAAUUUAAAGAUGGUGUUUUGAAUGGUUUAGGUAGAUUAUAAUAAGCAUCUGGAGAAAUAUAUUAAGGUUUCUUUGAAAAUGGUAAGUAUCAUGGAAGAGGCAUUUAUUUAUUUAAGGAAGAUGAAUUAUAAUGGGCUAAAGGAAUGUGGAGAUUUGGAGAAUUGAUUGAAAUUUAUUAAAGUGGAUUAGUUAAAAAUUGCACUUCUCCAAAAGAUUUGAUGUGUAUAUUUAUUUUAUUAUUGUAGUUCCAUAUAGUGAUCAUAAAAAUCCUAUUUAAAUUAGAUAACCUAUUACCCUUAAUAAUAUUAAAGAAAUUGAAGAUUUAUUUGAAAUCUAAUUUUAAAAAUAAGAACCCAUCUAAAGAUAAACUAGUGCUUCUCCUAGUCCUGAACGAAAGAAUAAGUUAUCAAAUUAUAAAUAUUUUCAAAACUCUAUGUCAACUUCAUAUAAGAGAAUCUCUGAUGCCUUACAUGGAAGUAAAUAGAAUUCAUCUCCUGAAAGAAAUAGCAUUUAACUAAUAAAGUAUUAUAAAGGUUAAUUGAGAGAUAUUGAUUAAAAUGAGCAACAACCUUAACAAAAAAAAUCUAUUUAACCCUAAUAGAAUACAAGAAAGUCUCAUUCUAAUUCAAAGUAGUAUUUAAUUUAAAGUACAAAAAAGAAAGAUUCUAUUAAUAAUAAAUCAUCAAGUAAAUUAAGUUAAUCAGCAUAUGUUGAUGAAAUAAAAAAACUUCAAACUCAAUUUACCAAACCUUUUGAUUAGAAUAAAAGUGUAUAGUCUUAAUAGAGUCAAAUUUAUUAGGCAAUAUUGGAUAGUGAAGAACAUUCUAGUUAAAGAAGUGAAUUAUUCUAAGAAAAAUAAUAAUCUUCACCAAAGGAUCAUAUUGACUAAAUUAUUAAAAAAUCUAAAUAAUAUCAAUAAGAAUAAUCUAUUGAAUAAUCUAAAAAAUCAAUAUUGGAUUAAUCAAGAUCAUCUUAUCAAUCAAAACAAGUCAAAAGUCCUAAACAUUUACAACAAUCAAAAUCAUCUUAACAAUCUAGAUGUAAAUCAUCUGAAGGUCAUAAAAAGUUUUAAUAGUAACAUGAACUUGAAGAUUUAAAUAAAAUAAAGAGUGAAAGUAAUAAAUUAAAAAAAUAGGAUAGUAAAAAUAUUGAAUAGCUUCCUUUGGAUACAUCUUAAUAAUCAUAAUAAUUAUGGGAAUCUAGAUAAAUUAAAGAAUUCUCAUAAUUGAGAGAUUCAAAAAGAUCUGUUCAGUCUUCAUAGCCUGUAUCAUAAAGAAUUUCAAUCAAAUCUAUAAAUUAAGUAGCUUCUAAAUAAAUAACUCCUUAGUAAUCUCAUAGAGAUCAAUAAAGUAAAUUAUAAUAGUAAGAAGAAUCAUCAUAAUAUUAAUAAUCAUAACAAUUUAAUGAAUCAUAAUUAUCUCAUCAGUCUUAAUAUUAAUAAUAAUAUUAAUAAUAAUAUUAAUAAUAAUAAUAAUAAUAAUAAUAAUAAUAAUAAUAAUAAUAAUAAUAAUAAUAAUAAUAAUAAUAAUAAUAAUAAUAAUAAUAAUAAUAAUAAUAAUAAUAAUAAGAUAUUGAUCAUAGUAAAAAGUUAAGUUUCUGUUAAUAAGACUUUGCUUUAGAUAUGAGAAAUACAGCUAUUUUUAAUUAAACUGAAUCUAAUCAAUCGAGUUAAUUGAAAUUUCAUCGACAUAAAAGAAGUUAAUCUUAAACUGAUUUUGAUAAAUUUGAUAUUGGAGAUGAUACACAAAUGAAGUUGAUUAAGCAAUAACAACUAUACAUGUAAUAAUUGAUAGAAUAAUAAUAAAGAGAAUUAGAAUAGCUUAAAAUGUAACAAUAAUAAUUAGAAGAAGAAAAUUAAAUAUCAUAAAGUAGGCCAGGAUAUAAAACUAAUGCUUCUUUAGAUUCAUAAGAGAGUUAUCCUCAAUAAUAAUCAGAAAGUUUUCAUUAAGAUUUUAUUAAAUCAGUAAGUGAUGUAUUGAAGAGUGAAUUAAAAAAAAAGUAGGAAGAUUCAUUCAUCCGAGAUAAUUAAAAUAAUUCUCCUCAUUUUGAAUAAUCAAAAAUAACAAAUAAUCAGUAAUCUAUGUUCUUCAAUGAUAUAUAGAGUUUAGAUAAUGUGAAUGUAAAUGAGAGAUAACAUAAUAGAAGAUCAAGUUAAUAAUAAGAUGAAGCAAAUAAAUCUAGAGCUGAUUCAAUGAUUAAAAAAUAACCAGUUUCUCAUACUGAAUUAGAUAAUUUGCAGAUUGAUAAACUAUAAGAUGUUUAAUCAAGAUAAUCUAGACAAUCGAGAUAAUCAAGAUAUUCUGGAGAAAAUAAAUAAUAAAGAUCAUAAUCCAAUCAAUCUAGCUAAAGAAAUUAUUCAAAUUAAUAACAUUCAUUCUAUUAAUAAUAAUCAUAGGAAUAAUUUUAUCCAUAAAAACAACCAUCAGUUAUAUAAGAAAAAGAAGAGUCAUAAAGUCGUUCAUAAUAAAUGAAAGUUGAUUUAAUUAAUUCUUAUAAUAAGUAAGAUCAUUUAUCGAAUAAGGAUAAUCAAUAAGACUAAUCAUUUAAUUCACAAUAGAUGUCUAUUAUUUCUAAUCAAGUUCAAAAUCAAUAAAAUAGUUUUAAUAAAUAAACAUAGUAGGAAUCUAUUUUGUCUAAAUAAAUAUCAAAUUAAUAGGAUAAUAAUAUUCUAAAAUAAAAUUAAUAAAAUACUUAAUAAAAAAGGAAAUAAUAAAAUUAAAGUAAAAAUGAAGAAUCAUUAGACUAAUUGAUGAAAAAAUAAUCUUAAUAAUAGAUUUCUAAGACUUAAUUAAAAUUUGUAGCUUGUCCCUCUUAACAUUCUAUACCUGGUUCAGUAAGCUUUUCUGAUAAAUAAUUCCAAAUUAAACCAGAUUAAAUGAGUGAAAAUAUUCAAGUAACUAUUCUUGAUGAUUAAUCAGAUACCAAAUAAAAUAUAUAAGAAAUUAAAUUAUAAUUAGCAGCUCAAAAAGAGAUACUUUCCUAAUUGUAUCACUCUAUUUAAGAAUCUAAGUAGAUGAAAAUUUCAUAAUUUGAUUCUGAUAAGAGAAUAAGUGAAUAAAGAACUGUAAAAAGAGGAAUGGUGAGUGCUGUUGUUGAUCCAUGCAGUAGCCCAAUUAAAAAGGUAAUUAUUACAAAAGGAGUAUAUCCUGCUUUUACUAUAAUAAAAUCCUUAUCCCCAAUAAGACUUUGA